ACGAGCUCCAGGUGUGACCUUCCAAGGAUGGUGCAGGACUUCAUUCGUAAGCUGGCUCAGCUGGGGAGCGUCCUGCCCCGUGCAUGAGUCAGCACGCAAGUAGUUAAGUUGGCGAGCCUUGGCUUCUUUGGUUAGAGCAUUCAGCCUCCGAGAGUUAACCUGCAGCACUGCUCAGAAGAGCAGGGGCCGAGCAUUCAGAAGCAUCCUACCGCUCAGGCUUGCGGGAGCAAUGACAUGCGGUUUUGAACAAGCAGCUGCUGCAGCAGGUCUGGAUUUCAGAAAGCACUGAAAAGUCUCAGCCAAGCAACCUUCCAGGGGAAGGAGAACAGAAUUCUGGGCUGUUAUUUGCUUUCCUGGGACACGGAAACUCUUUUGAGUGGUUGAAUCAGGAGAAAUGGCCAAACGCACCUUUUCCAUGUUAGAGGCAUUCCUGGUUUUCCUCCUUGUGAUGAUGACUGGGAUCACAGUGGCCCUUCUCACCCUCUUGUUUAUCACCAGUGGGACCGUUGAAAAUCACAAAGAUUCAGGCUUGCUGACCACUCAGAGCUCUCCGGCCACCGAGGGCUCCAUGGCCCCUCAAGGCUCAACAACCCUCGCCCAGGGCCCCACACCCACUCUGGUGUCUCCAACCCCCAGCACCCCAGAGCCGACUCUGUUUCAGAACUUCAGCGGCUACCACAUUGGCGUUGGACGAGCUGACUGCACAGGACAAGUAGCAGAUAUCAAUUUGAUGGGCUACAGCAAGACUGGCCAGACUGCACAGGGCCUCCUCACGAGGUUGUACAGUCGUGCGUUCGUCAUGGCGGAACCCGAUGGGUCCAAUCGAGUGGUGUUUGUCAGCAUUGACAUAGGCAUGGUGUCACAGCGACUCAGACUGGAGGUCCUGAACAGACUGCAGAGUAAAUAUGGCUCCCUGUACCGAAGGGACAACGUUAUCCUGAGUGGCACUCACACACACUCAGCUCCUGCAGGCUAUUUCCAGUACACUGUAUUUGUAAUUGCCAGUGAAGGAUUUAGCAAUCGCACUUUUGAGUACAUGGUCACUGGUAUCGUGAAGAGCAUUGAAAUAGCACACAGAAAUAUGAAACCAGGCAAAAUCUUUAUCAAUAAAGGAAAUGUGGAUGGUGCCCAGAUCAACCGGAGCCCUUCUUCCUACCUUCAGAAUCCAGUAUCAGAGAGAGCAAGGUAUUCUUCAAAUACAGACAAGGAAAUGGUACUCUUGAAACUGGUAGAUUUGAAUGGAGAUGACCUGGGCCUUAUCAGCUGGUUUGCCAUCCACCCAGUCAGCAUGAACAACAGCAAUCAUCUUGUAAACAGUGACAAUGUGGGUUAUGCAUCUUACCUUUUUGAGCAAGAGAAGAACAAAGGAUAUCUACCAGGAGAGGGACCGUAUGUAGCAGCUUUUGCAUCAUCAAACCUGGGAGAUGUGUCCCCCAAUAUUCUCGGCCCACAUUGCAUCAACACAGGAGAGUCUUGUGAUAACGCCAAUAGCUCUUGUCCUGUUGGUGGGCCUAGCAUGUGCAUUGCUAUGGGACCUGGAGAGGAUAUGUUCGACAGCACCCAGAUCGUAGGGCGGAUGAUGUAUCAGAAAGCAAAGGAACUGUAUGCCUCCACCUCUCAGGAGGUAACCGGGCCACUGGCUGCGGCUCAUCAGUGGGUGAACAUGACGGAUGUCACCGUCUGGCUCAAUUCCACACACGCAGCAAAAACAUGUAAACCAGCCUUGGGCUACAGCUUUGCAGCUGGCACAAUCGAUGGAGUUGGAAGCCUCAAUUUUACGCAGGGGACAACAGUAGGGGACCCAUUUUGGGACAUUAUUCGGGAUCAGAUCCUGGGCAAGCCAUCUGAAGAACUCAAAGAAUGCCAUAAACCAAAGCCAAUCCUUCUUCCCACUGGAAUGAUGUCAAAACCUCAUCCAUGGCACCCAGAAAUUGUUGAUGUUCAGAUUAUUACUCUUGGGUCCUUUGCCAUCACUGCCAUCCCUGGGGAAUUUACGACCAUGUCUGGACGAAGACUUCGGCAGGCAGUUCAAGAAGAAUUUGCAGCUUAUGGGAUGCCAAAUAUGACCGUUGUUAUUUCGGGUCUAUGUAACGUAUAUACGCACUACAUUACCACUUAUGAAGAAUACCAGGCUCAGCGGUACGAGGCAGCAUCCACAAUUUAUGGACCGCAUACUUUGUCUGCUUACAUCCAGCUUUUCAGAGUCCUUGCUAAGGCCAUUGCUACGGACACAGUAGCCAACCUGAGCAGAGGUCCAGAGCCUCCAUUUUUCCAACAGCUGAUAACGCCAUUAAUUCCUAAUAUUGCGGAUAGAGCACCCAUAGGCAAAAAUUUUGGGGAUGUCCUGCAGCCAGUGAAAUCUACAUACACGGUGGGAGAAGUUGUUGAAGUUAUAUUUGUAGGUGCUAACCCAAAGAAUUCGGCAGAAAACCAGACGCAUCAGACCUUCCUUACUGUGGAGAAGUAUGAAGCCACAUCAGCAACAUGGCAGAUAGUGCAUAAUGAUGCCUCCUGGGAGACUCGUUUCUAUUGGCACAAGGGAUUACUGGGUCUUAGCAAUGCAACGAUACAAUGGCACAUUCCAGAUACUGCCCAGCCUGGGAUCUACAGAAUAAGAUACUUUGGACACAGUCGGAAGCAGGACUUACUCAAGCCUACUGUCAUACUUUCAUUUGAAAGCACUUCCUCCGCUUUUGAAGUUGUAACUACUUCGUAAAAAGUUGACCAAUCAUUUAAAGAGCAGCUGUGUUGUCAAUUUAUGAUUCAUAUGACUGAUUCGAUGCAAAUGUAACCUAUCAUGAUGACCUCUAUAAUUGUCCCUGUUUGGGUAUGGAGAGUUUACUGCUAAUAGGACAGAGGGGUGUGUGUGUGUGUGUGUGUGAGAGAGAGAGAGAGAGAGAGAGAGAGAGAGAGAGAGAGAGAGAGAGAGAGAGGGAAAGAGAGAGAGAGGUGUAGCCCACUUACCUUGCUCCCUUGGGGUCCUGUGGCUAUUUAAAGAGACAGUUCCCUUUAAUAUGAAACCUCUAAAUGUUAGUAAGAGUAGUUGAAGAUGUGUGAAUAAUGUUUAAACUAUUUAUUUAUACAGUUAUGGAAUGUUAGCACUGAAAAAGUUGAACGAGGUCAUCUAGUUUGAUCCUUCAUUUUGCAGAUGGGAAAAAAUGGUUUUAUGGAUUUAAAAUUAGCAUAAGGCUAGGACCUUUCCCCUCAGUUACAUUUAAAAAAAUAUAAACAUUGACCAUAAAUGUAUAAGUCCAACUGGAGAAAAUUAGCAUGCCAGUUUUUCUAUUCUGAGCAUACCCUUUCAAAGCAGUUACCUUAGAGUUGAUAUGCCUAAUUCAGAGUUUUGUUGAUGCUCAAAUCAUUUCUGGUAUUGCCUUCAGAGCCCAAUUAUGAGAAGGUCAGAGUUGGAAUAGUUUGGUCAUGCCCUGUGUUUCCCUAAGUGCUCUUACGCCACUCAGUUGUGUGUUGUGUUCCCGAGACUUGUUCUAAGCAAUGUUUUCACUAAUCAAAUUCACCCCAAACCCACAAAGUUUUGCUAUUAGUGUAGAAAUUAAAAUGACAGUGUUACUGGCUUGGAAGAGAGUCCUCAAAGAAGAGGCGCUAAAAUCAUUUCUCUAUUUUCACUUAUUUACUCACUCACGGACCCAGUCAAUUACAGAACGUUUAUUAGACUCUCAUACCCCACGUGGUACUAGUGCCUGGCCCUGACAAUUAGUGUGAUCACAUUUAGGAUGAAUGUAUAAGUGUCAAAAGGUGACUGCUUUGAAGGAGGAAAUAUUUAAUUCAAUAUAUAAAUUUUAGGCAGGUAUUUAAAAAUUAGUAAUCUUUAAGUCACAUCUUGUAUAUCAUUUGUGUUGGCUACUCUAAUUUGGGGGUAAAAAUGCUCUAGACAAUUUGGAAGAAGCUAUUUUCAAAGUUAUCUUGGGGUAUGAUGAAAUACCCAGUCUAACAUCGCAAAGAAUGAGAUAUGACACACACUCUGACAUCAAUUACCUGAAAGUACUAAUUGCAUUUAAAAUUAUCCAAGUUAGCUAGGAGCUCGCAGCUGCAAUGUAAAUUUCUAAAAACUGAGCCAUGCUUUUGUAUGUGUGUAAAGGUUUUAGCAUUUUAGGGAAAUAACAACUUUUAUUUCAAAAAAGCUUGAAAGUUUGAAAAUCGUAAUGAUAGUUAUGAUGGUAAUACUACCAUCCAUUUAUUUAAGACUGAAGUGCUAUAAGGUAUUGGAGUGAACCUGGGGUAUUUUUUGAUGCGUCUCCUCUAGAGGCUGUUUCUAUGGAAGUUAACUGCUGGAGAAUUAGGAUUUCAAUGGGUAAUGAUCAUUUUUCCUGAUCACAUCACAGUAUUUAGGGUAAAAGUUCAGAGGCCUGAAAGAGCAGGUGCUUCAGAAAGUAGUGGGUCCCAGAAAGAUAAAUUAUGUUAGAACUGAUCAUAGAUUCUUAAAAGUAUUUCUUAUGACUCAGGGGAAUUUUUGAAUUAUCUUUCCAUCACCUCCAUGCCUCCCACUGAAGCUUUCCUCAGUCAGCCUGUGAUUCCCUAUUGUUGACUUGCAACUGUGCUGAAGCAGGCAUUGUAUUGCCUACUGAUAAUCCUUUUGCACCCCACCCGCUGCCACCAGUGCUCCUGGCCGCCCCACAUAACCCACAGAAGCAUUUUUUCUCACUGGCUGCCACUCUUCCAACCACUGCAGUUCCAUUUCUGCAGUUUGUAGGUAAAAAUAAGACCAGAUUCCUACAUCAUAGAUACUAUAGUUACUCACUUGAGCAUUAAAGAACACCACGAAGAGGCUGAUCUGAUCUGUUAAUAUAAAAACAGGGAUCCAGUCUGUGUCUGUGUCUGUUCCUGGGGCUGGCUCAUUGGAGUCCAACCAUGUGGAGAAAACGGAAACUGGUCAAAAAUGUAAGAAAGGGGGUUGGACUGGUGGGAGAACUCUUUUGGAGAAGAUUUUGUUUCUCAUGUCAAAGUGUCCAUAUUUUAUUGUUGUAUCCUGUCUACUCUCGUUUUAAGGAUGCUAUGACUUCUUCUAAAAGUACUGAAUGAUCCGUCUAUGUUUUUCAAUGAAUAUUAUAAAAAAUUGUCAGUAUUUAAUAGAACGUUAAUAAAUUAAUAAUCACAUUUGGGAGAUUAUUUUCUAAUGGGAGGUGUCCACAAAUGAACACUUUCUUUCUUUUUAAGAGAUG